AUGGAGACUCAGGCAAAACUGGCGCCUGUUGACAGGUACAACUUAGCUUACAUAUUCCUUUUUUUACAUGGCAUUGGAUUUCUCAUACCGUGGAACGUAUUCAUCAACGCUCGUGAGUAUUUUGUUGAUUUCAAACUGAACACAACAAUAAGUUACAAUGCUGACUAUCGUACUAAUCUUCUAAGUUAUUUUGGUCUCGCUGCACACUUCCCUAGUUUGUGUUUCGCCGCAUGGAAUACAUUUUAUCAGAGUGGUUCAAUGAACUCCAAAUCACACUUCCGAUUUUUGGGAUGCAUGAUUAUCGAAAUCAUUGUUCUUGUGCUUACUAUUAUUCUGGCCUUGAUCGACACAUCAACCUUCCCGAGGAUAUUUUUCUUCAUCACGAUUGCAAGUUUAGUGAUCAUUAAUUGUUGUGUAGGAAUACAUCAAACUCUUACAUUCGGGAUAGCUGCAGUAUUACCUAUGAAAUAUUCAAACGCUGUUAUUGUGGGCUCUAAUGCAUGUGGCGCGAUCAUUUCAAUAGUGAAUAUUGUCGUAAAAUCACUAACCAUCAGCCAAGUUAGGUCACAAAAGUCAAUAGUUAUUGCUGCUGUCAUCUUUUUCCUUUCUGCAACACUCAUUAUCCUGGCAUGUGUCAUAACAUUCUUCUGGCUGCAACGUUUAAAAUUCGUUCGCUAUUAUUCUAGAUUUCAUAAAUGCGUAAGUGAUACAAAUGAAUCAAGAAGCUCUUCGCAAAAUGUUCUUAAUACUUCAUUUAAUAAUAAUGUCAAUGGUAUCAUUGAAAAGCCAGCACAAGACGGUUUGUUAAUAUCAACUGGUUGGAAUGGGAAUCAUCAAAUUAUGGAUCAUUAUAGUCCACAGAUUAGUAAAACUGAUUAUGAAGAAAAUGAUUGGGAAUCGCCGACAAUUGGUACACAACUAGUUACAACAGCAACAGCUUCAGUAUCACCAACAUCCGAAAACACAAUUUACGUUAACAAUAAACUGUCAACUAACCAAACAAAUGACUCAAGUAAACUAAAACAGCAGCAACAACAUCUGAAAGUGACAGGGUUGAAGAAGUAUAGUUACGCCCAGGAAAAUAAUUGGUAUAUCUUUCGAAAUUGUUUUGGUUUGUGUUGUUUUAAACCGCCUGUUGGUAAGGAGCGAUGUCUAGAUUAUUGGUCAAAAUAUACUUUAACAAUCAGAGAGUGUUGGGUUCAUUGUUUGAAUAUUUGGUGUGUAUUUUUUUGUUCGCUGUCCAUAUUUCCGGCAGUUCAAUCUCGAAUUAGACCAGUUAAUCCAGAAUAUUUCAUUUCACCUCUCUGGUUCGUUGAUGUGACUUGUUUCCUAUUUUUCAAUCUGUUUGCAAUGCUUGGCUGUAUUUUAUGUAACUGGAUUCAAUUCCCGGGACCACGUUAUCUAUGGAUUCCUGUAUGGUUGCGGACAUUAUUCUUCAUCCCAUUCUAUUUAUCAUGUAAUUUCUCAAUUGAAAACCCUCAUUUGCCUGUUCUCAUCACAAACGAUCAUAUAUAUGUAUUAGGUUGCAUUAUAUUUUCAUUUACUAAUGGAUAUCUUGCAUCACUUGGCUUAAUGUAUGCACCAAGAUGUUGUCCACCUGACCGAGCCCCUUUGGGUGGAAUGUUCGGCGGAUUCUUUCUGAUACUCGGAGUGUUUACCGGAGUUUAUGCUUCUCGAGGCUUCAAUAGUCUUAUAUAUUAA